AUGGAGACUGAUGGAGAGAUUCCGGAUAAAUAUGCUCGGAAUCCUAGGCAUACUAGAUGGGGGUCCUUUAGGGCAGACAUUGGCAGUAAGCUUGUAGCGGUUCCAUACAGACUUUGUAAGGGCUCUGACAUAGAAGCAGCUGUCGAGUCUCUGAGCAGGGACUUGACGGCUUCAUAUGCGGAAAACUGCCCGUUACGCAAAGUUCAAGCUUGGGAUCAGACAGUCAAAGCUCUAAAGAUAUAUGUCACUCUUAAAGAUGUCAACACUGUCGCUUCAGAGAAUGUUAAAUGUAACUUUGGGCCAAGAAACCUAGAAUUACGAGUAUUGGAUUUGGAUAACAAAGACCAUGUCUUACGAAUUAACAACCUGUUAAGUCCAAUAGAUACUCAACAAAGCGCAUGGAAAGUGAAGAAAGAUAUGGUCAUUAUAACAUUGGCAAAGGCAUCUGAAGGGAACUGGUCCCAUGUUACAGAAUAUGAGAAGAAAUCAAGUGAAUUGAAGAAACCUAAACUGGGCGGCUCUGACAAUGCAGACCCUGAAGAAGGACUGAUGAGUUUAAUGAAAAAUAUGUAUGAGUCUGGAGAUGAUGAAAUGAAAAGAACUAUAGCGAAGGCUUGGCACGAGAGUCAAACGAAGCGCAACAUGUAAGGCUCUAUGGUUUGUUCUUUCAAAUUAGUUUAGUCAUAUAUUACCAAGUAAUAUUGGUAUUGUCCGUAAAUAACAGUCAUGAUAUGUCUUAUCUAAGUGAAUACAUUUUUUGAUAAAUAAGUACUCGAU